GUAGUAAAGACCAUGGAUCCCCUAAGAUCUCACGUGUCACAAGAAGUCCACAAUCUCAUGAAGACCUCGGAGAACCAGGUCAUUGAUGCCGUCACUAAAGUCAUCCACUCCAGAUCAUUCUUAGAUAACCUAGGAGGAACCGUCGGUGCUGUUGUUGGCCCAUCAGUCCAGAAUUCCUGCCGUGAAGCCUACAAUAAGUUGCUCUUACCAGGACUGAACGCACUGACGCAGCAGGUGUUCUCUCAAGUCAAUGAAAGCUUCAGUCGCGGCACCAAAGAGUACCUUCACAACGUGGAGAGUGAGAUGCAGAGUGGUCGCACAGCCAUGCAGGAGAGUCUCGGCAAGGCAUCCCAGUCUCUGAACACGGCCUGCUCGUCCCUCACCACACAGACGAAGACCCUGCAGGAGAAUGUCACCAAACUCGGGUCCCAGCAGAACAUCAUCACAGAAUCUCUAGCAGACCGGAUUCGUGCGCUGGUCCGAGAAGAAGUGACACGGGCCCUCCAGGAGCACCAGGCCGCUGUCGAUGCCCGAAGUCGCGCGCACACACCUGCCCCCGCCCCGCAUCCCCACAACCCCAAGCUAGCCCAGCAACAGGUUCAGAACCUCAUCUCCUCGGGCCAGUUCAACACUGCCUUCAAGCAGGCUCUCUCUGCAUCAGACCUUAGCCUCGUGGUGUUUGUGUGUGAGCGUGUCAACCCCCAGCAGGUGUUCAACAUCACCCCUUGCCCACUUAGUCAAGAUGUGCUUCUGUCCCUCGUCAACCAGCUCUCACAUGAUCUUUCCACUUUCACUGACCUCAAGAUCAAGUACCUUGAAGAGGCUGUCAUGAAUCUGGAUGCCUCCCACCCGGUGACCCGCGAGCACAUGCGACCCGUGCUGCAGGGCUUCCAGCGCAACCUGCACACACACCUGGCCGCCAAUCCCAACCACAAGAAGGUCAAGAUGCUGCUCAUGGCUGUCAAUCACCUCGUUGCCUUGUAAAUUGCACAUGGUUUCCUCAGUAGCCGAGGGACACUGACUUCCUUAAUUUUUUUUUAUUGUUAGUUUUUGUUUUUUCCAUUUUGUGUUCUUGUUGGUUUUGAAAAACGUAAGGGGAAAAAAGAGCAUUAAUAUGUACCUGUUUUUUAUUAUUAUUAUUAUUAUUAUUAUUAAGUUCUUAUUUUGCCUACCCAGCAGUCUCUUUAUCAAAACUGUUGCAAUCUCCUCUAUGAGCUGCGGCUGACUGAAGCUGCACUGGAUUAAACUUUUUUUGCCAUCAUAAAGUGAUAUGUGUCUUUUAUUGUGUGAGUGAUAAUUGUCUUAACACUAUUUCAGUUUGUCAUUGUGUAUAUGGUUACCUAUCUUUAGGGGAAGCCAGAUGAGUUCAUUAUUGAAAAUGUUUUUAGUGGCUUUAUCUCUUUCUGUGAUGAGCUUAAUUUAAUUUUUUUGUCCCUGGCAAAAAUGGUACGUUACAGAUCACUAUAGGAAUUACUUAAAACGAUCCCCAUUUUUAUUAGUUAGGUACUGGGAUAUAUGCAUGUUUAGAAUUCAAAGUCCAUAAACCAAUUGUCAGAUUGUAUGGAAAACACAAUUGCCUUCUUUUUUACGUUAUUAGGCCAAGAUGGAGGUGAAUGCAUAUCCUAGUUUCUACAUGUGCUGGGUAGGCAAAAGGUAAAUAAAGUAAAACAUUUGAAAAAUCAUCUUUUAUAAACUCAAAAGAGCUAAGCCAAUACUUAAUAAAUGCAUGUGUAAUGCUCCUGUGAUUAUGGCACAGAUUUUUUUUAAGUUGGAGAUAUAUAUAUGAUAUAGAAUGGUGCUUCAAGCCCUGAAGGAUUAUUGAUACACCUGCUAGAACUUUGUAACUUGUAGCUUUUUUAUAUUUGUAAGAUGUAAGAUUUCAAAUCCGGUGUUCGAGAAAUGAAGGAAUAAAUCAGUAGGUAAGAUGGAACGAGAGGAUAAGGAAAAAUGGGGCCGGCAGAAGGUCUUAAAAACACCGUGAGGACGGUUGCUGUACUUGGCUUUGUAGACGAAGGGGAGGGAGGGGGGGAGAGAAAAUAGAAGGAAUGAAAUAGCAGAAAACAUCCAAUGUUCAGUUUGUGUGAUGUUUGCAUUUAUGGGAAAGCAACAUUGUGGAGCCAAUGAAAAAAAGCAUCCUUGUCAGUGUCUUUUUUCCAAAUUUUGUUAUACUACAUUUAGUAUUCAGAAAAUAAAAGAAAAGAAUUGUUA